UGUUGGUGCAGCUGGUGUGCAUUUGGCUGUGUGUAUGUGUGUGAGAGUGUGCGUGUGUGCGUGUCUGAAUGCCAACAAGUUGAUAUUUUAUUUUUAAUUUCCCAAACAUUUUUUGAAUUAAGCUCCGGAAGUUAGCCAGGGCUACGGCGAGUAGGGCAUCUUUCAGAGGAAAAGAAAAGUACUUUCCACAACAACGGAGACUCCAAUGAACUCGAAAAUAACACUACGUACAGCGUCUGAAAACAAGCCACAUCUACGCAGUUUAUCGAAUUUCGGUGUAUCAUUUUUCUCGACACGAGCUAACUUGAGGCUACAGAGUGCAGCUCCUCGCGCUGCUGUUUUUUUGUGCUUGGCAGUCAAGUGAUAAUCUCGCGUGCCUUCUUUUAAAUGUGUAAAGUCGCUCAUUUUAGCUAAUGAAGUUGUAGUAACCGUCGUUAUUAACGUUAUAGUAGGGGAUAAGCCAUACGCUACUCUGUAAAAAAUGCUAAAGACGCUGACGAAGAAGCUACGAAGACAUUCCCUCAACGAGAUACAUCCAUUCCAGCUGAAGAUUUCUUACCAUGGCAGUGGAGAGGGAGGGGAGAGUGAUGACUCAGAGGGGGAGAACCAGGAGCUGGCACAGAUUGACAGAGAGAGAUGGAGAAACUGCGCCCUCACCCCCUUGGCCACCAGCCAGCAGCACAACCAGGGUCCCCUCUCUCCGGCACGGUUACGCCGCCUCCGCCUUCUUUUAGAUGCCAAUCUGGAUCGCCACUCGUCCGAGGAAGAGCUCGAGCGGAUCAGCUGCGGGGACAACAGGAAGUGGGUGUCGGCGCUUCCCCAGCGGCAUGGCGAACACCACAGCAGCACCUCCAGCGACGAGGAGGUGCGGGACCUCUUCGGCUGCGGGUCGCCGGCCGCCUCAGCCCGGCCCCUGGUGGAGUCCAAUGCCUGCCUGGCGGCUUCCCCCAGCCCUGUACUCUUCAGCUCCAGUCCACCACGUAGCCUCAAACCACCCCCCAUGCGCUUUCAGCUGCAGGUGGUGCAGCCGGUGGCACGGCCAAUCAUUUUGACCCAUUUUGAGCAAUCAGCACCUUACAGGAAGUAUCGGCAUAGUUACGGCGGGGAGCCCGGGAGGCCCAGUCUGGAUCUGGAGAAAAUGCAACAGAAAAUGCUGCUGAAAAAGAAUUGCGGGGGGAAAACGCGGACCAUAAAGAUCCGGAACCUGACGGGCAGUCGCCCUCCGCCCAGGUACACCUACGACCCCUCCAUCUUCGCCUUCCGCUCCUUGAGUACAGUGCCACCCUGCAGCCCCCUGACCCCAUCCGAGGACCCCCCCUGCUCGUAAAAAAAACACAUCCCCCCUGCCAGAUAAUCCAACGCUCCUCUUCAUUCCCAGGCGGCUGCUUUGUUUUUUUACAGCUUUCUGCUUUGGGACCAAGAAGCGAUCGUUCUAAAAAAGGGACCGCGCUAGAAAAAGACGUUUGUUUGACGCUCAAACUAUUUGCACACUCAGGUAAUCCCACCCUGUCACUUUGAUCUUAUCUCUCCACUAAAAAUCAACAUUUGGGGAAUAAAACGGCCUCAAACAUUUCUAAGGAUUCUUCAGGUAAUGCGUACGUCUCUGAGAAAGGUCCUGCGAUUGGAGGACGAAGGACGCCAACACGGACCGUACAACCAGACGGGGUAGAGAGGGACCAACCAUUUUUAGCUGUGGAUGGAAAAUGCAUGUUAGACAAUCAAGUGGUUUCUUCCUUUGAUGUGAUUACUGGACUUCUUGGUAACUUUAUAUAGUUAACAUGGCGAGCUGAGUCAUCGGAUAUCUUGUUAUUGUCCAGGUAAACAUAGCCACAUAUCGUCCGUCUGAAAGUACUCUGGAUGUGUUUAUUGAGUAUGCAGGCGCUAUAACAAACAUGUAGUUAAAUAGUGGACCUGUGACCAUGUACGCUUCUUGAAUUUGUAAUUUUCUAGUCCAGGUUACGAAUACUUGUAUCCUCUUUCCUUGCAUGGACUCCACUGUAUUUGCUGAAAGAGAAGGUAAGUGCAAAUAAGGAAGGAUGAGAAUAGUUUGCUGCACAUCUGGCAAGUGUAUAUGGCCGUCUUGUAGUGUGCCAUCUUUAUUUUCUUUCUUUUCCAUAUUGUACCUCAUUACGUUCUAGGUAGAAGAGGACUGCUGGUGUUCUGAAGACACCCCAGGGUUUUCUUAAGAUCUCUUAAUGCCUUGAAAUCACAUUCCUGUUGUGUUGGAUGAAACUUGAGGUAGUUCUCGAUUAAACACAAUGUCACCACUGUAACUAAGAUUUCGCCGAAGUAAUUGAAUGUAACAUCGUGACAGGUUCUCGUCCAUUGUUGCACAAAAUAAAUCAAUAAAUGCCCUGUGGCCUCUUGUUAAUGCAA